AUGGUUGUAAGUCAUCAAAUAGCGUAUGCUGAAAUAAAUAAUUUGUUAAAUAAUGAAGGUAGAAGUUUGUCUGAUUUUCCUUCUAUGAAUCAAACAGUAAUUACACAUAUUUCAUCAGAAAAUAAUGAUGAAUUAUUACAAACAGAGCAUGCAGAAAUCGGUAAAAAACAGUAUGAUGUAUUAAAUGAGCAACAAAAAGAAAUUGUUGAUAUUGUUUUAGAAAAAGCUAUUGAUAUCGAUAAUCUCGAUAAUAAUUGUAUAUAUAUUAAUGGACCGGGAGGAUUUGGAAAAACGUUUAUAUAUACAACUAUUUACCAUUUAUUGUGCUCAAAAAAUAUUAAAGUAACUUCAAUGACUUUUACUGGAAUUGCGGCAAUAUUACUUCCAAAAGGGAAAACAGUACAUAAGACAUUUGGUCUUCCUGUCCCAAUGUAUAGCGAUUCAUCAUCAAGCAUUCGAGCACAAUCUAAAGAAGGUCUUUUACUCAAAGAAACAAAAGUUUUCAUUUGGGACGAAGCACCUAUGGCUCCGAGAUAUGCAUUAGAAAUAGUAAACAGGACGCUACAAAAUAUUAUGAACAAUAAUUUACCAUUUGGUGGUAAAGUUGUGGUUUUGGGUGGCGAUUUUAGACAACUUCUCCCUAUUAAAAUGAAUGGAACACGAACUGAAACCUUGAAUCUUUCUAUUAAGUACAGCGAAUCAUGGCGACAUUUCAUAAAAUACAAUCUUACUACAAAUAUGAGAGUCUUGCCUAAUGAAAUAGAUUUCGCUAAAUUUCUAUUAUUAGUUGGUGACGGAACUCUAAACGAUCAACAAGAUAAUAUAACUUUGCCUGGUCACUGUAUUCUUGAUAAGAAUGAUGAUAUUGUUCGUCAUGUAUUUAAAAAAUUGAUUACAGAAAAGAAAUUUGAUGUAAUAAGUAAACGUGCUAUUUUGUCGGCGCGAAACCUUGAUGUUGAUGAAUUAAAUAAAUUGGUUACUGAUUUACUAGACAUAACUACAGAACAUAUGAGAACUGUGACAACGGUGAAUUUGAUGAAAUACUUUUGCCAGAAUAUUUAA